AUGGCGGAGACGAGCGCGGGGCUGUUCCUGCGACCUGCUCCCAGUGUCCAGGCUGAUGCAAGCAGUCCCCGCAAGGGGGCGCAGGAAGCGGUGACAAGGAAGAAGACUCACCGUGUUAUGGAUGCUCAGUCACAGCUUCUUGGUCAAGAAGGGGCACAGCACAAUAUCGUGCUGCCAGCUCUCGGCAGAUUCCAGCAUCGCUUCGUCGCUGAUGGCGAGCUGGACAGAGACAUGCUCAAAGUCGAGGAACUGGGGGUAGAAGAGCACGCGCUGAGUGAACGAGUUGACAGGGGUGACGAGCAGGAGUCUUUUGCUGGGCCGGUGUGGUGGUGA